AUGUGCUCCGCCUAUUGUGUAGAACGCAAAUGCACGUGCGUUUCCUUUUCUUUUGUUAAUGGAACAUGUCACAUGUUUGCGAACAUCUUGGUUGGUCCUCCUGGUAUCGACACGGGAUUCAACAAGAUUACAGAAUGUGCUGCUGCCAAAGUCCUACCAAACACACAGCUGGUGGCGUACACGGGAUGUAGUUCUACCUAUACCUGUCUGUACGGGUACAUCCCCCACACUACAGAUUCCAGUACUCUGACGUGUACAGACGACGAGACCUGGGCACCCAGUGGGUAUCGCUGUGUUCUCAAACCGUGUCCACAGCCUCCUCCCUUUGUAAACGGUGAUGUUGCAGUGACCACGCUUCAGGUUGGCACCCACGCUGACUAUACCUGUUCUGCUGACUACACUAACAGGGGAGGUAACUCUGGUCGACUUACCUGUGUGUUCGGAGGCACGUGGGCUAAUACCAUUGACUUGCUGUGUAAGCCUACCAAUGCUUACUAUCAGGUAGUAGUGGUGACGGGCUCAUCGACUUCCGGCGGAACUGACGCAGAGGUACACGUCGGCCUGUACGGCAGUUAUGAAUCAAUCACUAUCACUUUCUACGAUGGCGAUGGUUACUCGUUUGAAGAAGGAGAUACGGAAUCCAAAUCAGGGACUUACCUGAACAUUGGACCUUUACAGAAGAUCGAAGUAGGACACGACAACACGGGAAUAGGACCUGGCUGGCAAGUUGACUCGGUAACGAUCGACAUCGGUGACAUUGAGUACUACUUUGAUAUAGAUCAGUGGAUUGAGGACAGCCCGUACUAUAUUACUGUGUAUGUGUAGCGGGAAGAUCAUGUCCGCGAGGGGCUCCAAUAUGAAAUGGCCUUUUCAAGAUGGCGGGCCAUCAUGAUCACAGAAGAUGGUAGUGCACUUUAAGCUACGAAAUCACAUAUUAAUAAGAACAACCUGACUGGAAAAAAGUACAUUUCAGAAAGAGUUAAAAUUUACAUUACAUUAUCUAUCUUAUGCUGUUUGCUGUCUUUGCUAAACAAUAUGCUUUUUUCUCUUAUUUCUAUUGUACAUAGUUCCCAAGUUUUUUCAAUUAUUAUUAAGGUUUUCUCUUGCUGUGUUUAUACAUUUAUUUUAUUUUUUUGAUACAGUUUUCAUAUUUUUCAGUUUUUAGUAAGCUGUUGUUAAGCUUCCAGUACCCAGGCCCUCUUUGUGUUAUUCUAAUGUCGAUCAUUAACGAGACUGCUUGGUGAUCUGUUACUUUAAUCAUUGCUGGCCUCAUAUCUGUUUUUAUCAUUUUUGUUAUAAGACCUAUUCUACUUGCCUCUCUCGUGGAGUUUUUUUUCUACGCCAUGUACAAUUAUGUGACCUUGACAGAAUUCUGAUAAAAGAGAUUUUAGUUUUUCGAAAAAUGUAUUUCUGUGGUGUCUAUUGUUUGUGCAUAUAUAUUUACUAGUGUGAAAGUGAUAUAAUUUAUGUUUGUGUUGAUCAUUAAAAUUCCGCCUUCUUUAUCUGACCAUGUAUUUAUGAUAUCAUGGUUUAGAAUAUUCUUAAUUAUGAUAGAUACCCCAUGGUACUAUGGUGCAAUUAAACAGAAAUAACUUGAUGAACUUUUCGUAUGUAUCAUGGCAAACCGUAGGACUUGCUGUUGACAUGUAAUUUGUUAAGCUAUUUGUAAAUUUCAACAAGACAUACGAAAAAUGUUUCAUAUCACAAAAGUAUGGCAUAUAAGGAGGUAUUUCAAACAUCAAAAAAUGUCUUAUUAUACUCUAUAUAGAACUCUAGACAUGACAAGAAGACUGUUUUUAGAAAAAAAUGUUCAACCGUUGAGUUUGAGGAAAAUAUGCCUAUAUUUCUGCUCACAAACUCAGCAGUUUAACAAUUUGACUUAAAAAGCUCCUUCUUACUCUGAUCAGAUGUCUUAAAAGUAUGAUGAAGGAGCAUUUUUAUUAAUUCGAAUGCCUCCCUAUAUGCCAUAUUUGUGUAAUAUUAUUCAAAGCCGCCAUUUGCAUUGGUCAUAGGUCAAAACAAAAUAAGCGUUUAUACGUAGAUACAGUAAAAUCCGGUCAACAAAUGCUUCUACCCUCUGUUAUAGACAUUUGUGAGCAUAACAGUUUGGCUAUUUUUCAGGUUUGGUCAUUUGCGUGACUUACAAUUAUUCCAUGCUACAUCUUACCACAAAGUAACU